AUGUCUGGGCAAUCCUUUCUCCAAAGUCACUGUCGGGCUCAUCGCGGAGGUUCCAACCACGUCUCAAACGUUUGCGUCACGAAAUUGUAUCGAUGUCUUGAAACUUCCAACUACGAGCUGUAUCUCUUUUCUUUUUUUUCCUCCCUUGGCCUAUUUCCGAUGGCUGUUGAGGAAAGGGGAGACCUUGGGAUGCGUGAGAUGGAUGGCUUUGAGAUUGCUGGGAACGAGAACAUUGCCUCUCGCGAUGGUCCCUCCCAUGAUGCUGGGGACCUCUUAUCGUCGAACGAAAAACCGCAGACGGAGCAGACAGAAGCGACAACACUAGAUGGCAACAGCCCGAUAUUGUCUCUUUAUCUCACAUUCGAUACCGUUUUACCGUCUCCGAUAUUGCAACAGCCCAGUUUUGGUGGUCGAGAGCCACCGCCAUGUCCUGACUUGACAGCUUACGCUGAUCCAUUGACAUGGGGGCCUGCUCGCAAAAGUAUUCUGCUUAUCCUGUCAUGCCUGGCAACAUUCUUGACAGCGUAUACUGCCGGUGCCUACGCGCCGCCGGCGGCCAUCAUAGCCAGCGAUUUUGGCACCUCAAGACUUGUUAUAGUUGUGGGCAUUACGACGUUCUGCAUGGGAUUCGCCUUUGCACCAAUGGCUCUUGCACCGUUGUCUGAGAUAUGGGGGCGUUAUCCCAUCUUCAUUGUUGCUGGCUUUGUCUUUGUCAUUUUCCAAGCCGUCUGCUCUGUUAUGCCGGAUGCUGCUGGCAUGAUUGUGUCACGCUUCUUGGUUGGCAUUGGCGGUUCGGUCUUCUCUGCCGUGGUCGGAGGCGUCUUGGCUGAUUUAUGGGAAAAGGAGGAAAGGAACACACCCAUGGCGCUGUUUAGUGGCGCAGUAUUGGCCGGCACUGGGGCUGGACCGUUGGUUUCUGCCGCCUUGAUUGAAACUGUGGGAAGCAACAACCUUGCCUGGAAGUGGUCAUUCUGGGUCCAAGUUAUCCUCGAUGUCGUUCUCCUACUUUUCCUAAUCUUCUUCUUCAAAGAAAGUCGGGCCUCAGUCUUGCUCACCAGGAAGGCCAAGAAGCUUAACGAAUGGUAUGAAGACUUGGAAAAGCAUGGAGUGUAUGGGCAGUGGCUAAGUAGCGAUCUGGCAUUGACGGCAUCUACUGCUUCUAGCCAAGUGACCAUCACUCCUGUCACAAAGGAGCGUUCAUCUGCCACAGGUCCCCGUUUACGACGAAUUCGAUGGGUAGUCAAGGCAGACGAACAGCGCGCUUCCCUAGGACAGCUCGUCUUGACCUCUGUACAGAGACCAUUCCUUCUUCUUUUGACAGAGCCGGUCGUCUUCUGCUUUUCUUUAUGGGCCGCCUUCUCGUGGGGUGUGCUUUAUCUCUCCUUUUCAGUUGUGCCCUUCCUCUAUGGCUCCAACUUUGCCAUGUCAAGCCGUGUAUACGUGGCAAUGAUGAUAGCCUCGGCUGUUGCAACCGUAGUAGGAAUCUACCAAGAACAUCUCUUAAAGCACUCACAGUGGAAACGACAAGACGAAGACUUCCAGUACUCCAAGUCCAGAUUUUGGGCCUUUAUGAGACGGAGGUUUCCGGCUGAAGCGCCGGAGGCCAGACUGUAUUUUACUUGCAUCACUGCUCUGCUCUUACCUGUUGGAUUAUUCAUUGCGUUCUUGGCCUCUGACGGGAAGAGAGGGUAUUCAACAGCAGUUGGCAUAGGGCUGGCAACUUGGGGCAUCUACUCCGUUUACCUCGCCACCUUCAACUAUCUCGCAGAUACAUAUCACAUAUAUGCAUCAUCGGCCUUGGCAGCGCAGAGCUUCUGCCGGAAUGUACUGGGUGGCUGCUUUCCGUUGAUUACGACCAUCAUGUUCACCAAUCUUGGUCUGAAAGGCGCUGGUGGCAUGCUUGGUGGAAUCGCUACCGGUUUGACGAUCCUACCUUGGGUGCUUUUGUUUUAUGGGGAGAGGAUCCGUGCAAAGAGCAAAUUCGCCAUAACUUUAGCAAAAUAA